AGAGAGAGAGAGAGAGAGAGAGAGAGAGAGAGAGAGAGAGAGAGAGAGAGAGAGAGAUGGACGUCAUCAAUGUGGUGAGGGAGUGGGUUGGCGGUCGUGAAGUGAACAUCAACGAGACGCCGUCAAGGAGAGACGGGCGUCAUGAUCGGGAGCUGGAUUUCGGAGCGGAAGUGGUCGAAGUCGAUGUCCGCUUCUAUGUCGUCCUUGCCGGUUCACGGCAUGCGAUGGACGUCAUGGCUGCCCUAGGUUCCGAUGGCCAUGGCCGACUGUGCGAACUUCGGCUGCUCGCGACGAAGACUCAUCCCAUCGUCCCCGACAGGCGCGUGCCAAACGAAAGAGACGUGGUGGGGGACAUUCUGCAUCAUCUCGUGUCCGCCAUAGCCACCGAGCAUGAUGGGAGGAUGGAUGACAGCCCUUGGUAUAGGGCCAUCCUCGAUGCACCUCUGCAGGGAACGCCGUACCUGCACGACGAAGUUUAGGUCUGGGGUCCGGAGGACGACGAUCGCUUGCUCCGUCGUUGGCGACACUG